AUGUCGUCGACAAACUUUAACGUUGGUGUGGCCGCCGAAUCGAAACCAUCGAGCCGCGUACUGAAACCACCGGGCGGUGGCCACUCGGACAUUUUCGGUGCGACGGACGUGCGGCAGAAUCCGCCCCGGCCGAAAAACAACCAGCAAAACUCAUCCAACAUGAACGCGGUGAUGGGCACGAUGGAUCCGAACGAAACGCUCGAUACGACCAAGCGCACCACGGCGGGUGGCGACAGUGCAGCAUCAUCACCUGCAGCAGCCCAAAAUGGAUCCUCGUCAUCGAACGGUGCAUCGUCCGGUGGGGAAGCGAACAAGUCAGCGUCAGCCGCGUCGGAACGUGCCCGUGUACCGCCGGGUGGUCAUUCGCAAGGUUUCUGGUGAUUUGGUUGACCGUUGCAAAGCUCCACCAACCAUUCACC